CGCAAGCGGCGUCACUUCCGCCGGUUCGCCAUCUUACUACUUCAUUUGCCGCUAGUUUACCGUGUCGGCCAUACCGCUUUCGUUCUGCGAAAACUCGGUGAAAAAUUAGUGAAAUCCUCCCAUUUCCACUCCACGCUUUAAUCCAAACCAAACACCGACACAAUGGGCGACGACAAAAAGGGAGGAGACGAACAUCCCGAACACAUUAAUUUGAAAGUGUUAGGACAGGACAAUGCCGUAGUACAGUUUAAAAUUAAGAGGCACACUCCACUUAGGAAACUGAUGACUGCCUACUGUGAAAGAGCGGGUAUAAGUACACAAGUAGUAAGGUUUCGCUUUGAUGGUAACCCCAUAAAUGAGACAGAUACACCUACCACCUUAGACAUGGAGGAAGGAGAUACCAUUGAGGUGUACCAGCAACAGACGGGUGGUUGUUGUUAAGUGUUUUUUUUUUUCCUGGUGUUCCGACCUGGAUUAUCUUUUAAUAUAAUAUGAAAUUAGUGUAUUUAAAAUAUAAGUUUAAGGCCCCCUCCCUCUUCAUUUUGAUGUAUCCAGAAAACACCCCACUACUUUUAGGAUAGGUCUGAUUAUUUUUUUUUUGUAAUAAUAAUGCUAAUUUACUAUUAAAUAAAAUUAAGUUUUUCUUAAAAAAAACAGACACAAAGGACCAACACUCAUUUCAUAAAAUGCCCCAUGUAAUAGUUCAGUUUUUCAAAUAAAAAUGUUCGUAAAAUCA